AUUUGGUCUGGAGAAGCACACACAACUUUGAAAACAGCUCUCCAAAGGCUCUUCCAACAGAAACAUCUGUCUGCCACGAUCCAUGGUCAUAGGAUGAAGUGACUUCUGCAGUGGACUGAACACAUGCUAACCUACCUGUAAACUCAUUGCAUUCCCAAAUCGAUAUUUCUCUCCCUUCUGAAAAUUGAGUUUGGAGUUCCAGCUGGCAGGCAGGAUGUAGAUGUGAUUAUCAGUAGCAACAAGGCCAUGUAGAGGUUGGGUAUAACCCUGUUACAUCCUCCCUGCCUCUUAGCCUGGCCUCCCAUCCCUGCCUGCCUCCCCUCUCUGCCCUGGGCCCCCUUCUGCUUUAUUGGAUCACAAUCAAUAUGGAGACCUGGUGAUGAAGUACAUCAUUAGUCUGGGGCCUGGGCUACGGUCUUCAUCUCACCAUCCUACCGCUAUGCCAAAGAGCACUUCUCCUGCUUUAACUUGACACUACUUACACUCUGUUAAUAAGGAGGAUGUGGUUGAGAUCUCAUUAUGUUGUACAAUUGUUCAAAAAACAGUUGGGUGUACAAGAGGAGGAAAUGCACAAUUAUGAGUUAUAGAUAUCUAUGGCCUGUAUCUAUGAUAGAGAGUGAUACAUUUUAAAGAGGAUUUUUGGGGAGCAUUUCAAUCCCACAUUUGGGCAGACGAGGAAUCUCUGGAUGUUGUUUCUGUUGCUGUAUGUUGUAGUCAGUAAACUGUGAUCAGGUUGUCACUGAAUCGUAACUGGAUGUUAGCCAGGAAGCACAGUCACAUACUGUAGUAUUCCAUCCCUUCUGAUAACAUUCCCCCUGCUGAUUGAAUUAAAGCUCACUCAGGGCUCAUUUCAGUGAACUAGUUAUCUGAGGGGGAGAUCUGUAACAGACACAGUACUAAUGACUAAAGGUUGUGUGUGGGGCUGAGGGGAUGAGUGCAUUUAUAGAACAGUGAUGGUUCCAUGACCACACUUGUGUGAUGAGCAUCCUUGUCUGAGACCUGAAGAGUUGCAUUGCAUGCAGGUAUACAUGCAUCCGUUCUGUCCCUGUCGGUCACACUUAAGAAUUGUCCCAGUGUUUUUUAUUUUCAUUUGAGAGGAAAGCAAGUUGAGAUCAUUGAUUCCGUGCCCCUGUUGUUCUUUUGAGUUACACACGGUCAAUGUUAAAUAAUACAUAUCAUCCUCCAGGUCUGUGGUGCAAACAUAUCCUGUAGCUGCGACAGUCCUACAAAUACAGGAAAUGACGUCAUUCGUAUUCACUGUUCUUAGUUAACAUGUCUCAACUAAAAUAAUCCCUGUCUAGUUUCAGGUCCAUACCACAAAUACACAAGGUAGAAAGAACAAGUGUUUCAACAGGACUUGAACACAAUGAUCAUGUUCAUCCUCAUCCUGUGUGCCUUGUCAAGAGAGGCCAUGGUCCAAACCACAGCCAAGAAGAUUUUUCCAGCAAAGAUCUAUUGGACUUCUACAGGAACGAUAAUGGAGGGAAGUGACCUUGUGGUAAAAUGUAGUACACAUGGGCGCAAGGAAGACAAAGUGGCAUAUGUUUACUUGUGCAUUAACGGAGUUGCAGUGGAUCAGAAGAGAACUAUACAAGAAGACACCCUUUUUACCAUGAAAAGUGUUACUGGCCAACAGAGUGGCAAUUACAGCUGUGUGUUCUCUAAAACCCUGUAUCCAUUCUCUGAAGUGCAGGGAAAAGGAGAUAAUUCACUUUCCAUCCAGGUGAUGGACCGUAUACUCCCUGCAGACAUAUCACUUGCAGGCUCAAGAACUGUGAGAAAGGGAGAUGGUGUGGAGUUUAAGUGUACGAUCUCAGACCCAAGUUUUCAAACAAAAAAUACCAGUGACUUAGUUCACGCUUACCUCAGCAAGUAUGGCUCUGUUGUUCAGAUCCAGGUGUUUGACGUCGAGAGCACGGAGGUAACUUUUACGAUUAAAAGUUUUAAUAAGAACGAUGCAGGUAACUACAGUUGCGUGAUUGAUCUGCAAUCAAAAACCCUCAAAGACAAAGACAGAACAUUUUAUGGAAAUAAUGCAGUAUUUCUACAGGUUAAUGUGUCCUGGAGUCACUUAAUCCCACUCGUGUCCUGCGUCUGUUUUCUUCUGAUCUCAUCACUGAUAGUGGGCAUAUGGUGGCUGUUCAUUAAACAAGGAGCUUUACAAUGUUAUCGUGGAAGAACACCACAACAGGAGGAGAACGAUGCGCCAAUGACAGGGGAGGGUGACGACGGAACGUCAAGCGUGGAGGAAGAAUCCAGUGAUGAAUUUGCCUGUGACAGUGAGGCCAGUGGGGAGGAGUACCAGAAUCUGGGUGAGAAAUGUUUAGGUGUUGAGAUUGAGACAUACAAUGAGCUGGAGGAUACCACCUACCAAGAAAUUCUGGUGAGCUGUUGAAACACGGAAAAUUAAACACGUUAUGGUGCGUGUUCAAGAUGCAGCCAAUCAAGGCCCAGAUGCAGAAAGAUAUGUAUGCUAAGUCAUGCAAGAAGACCGGACGUCAUCAAUACAUGCCUUAAUCAUUAUUAGAUCUGCAUUAUUUCAAAGCAGUACUGCAUGUGUACUUCAUGGUUACAGUAUCUAUAAUGAUGUAUUUUAUGUAUUGUGUAUUCAAUGUGUGUCUUCCGUUGGACUACUCCUUGCAUGUUCAAGUUGACGAUGAUGCCAAAUUGUCUGGUGACCUGACAUUUGCGAUGCAUUCUAUUAAAUCUUCCGUGGAAGAUAUUUAAAAAACGGAGUCAUUUUAAAGUACCACAUUCAGUAUUAUUGCUGGAUAUACUGUUGUAUUCUCCCUCUUAUAAAAUAUGUUUUAAUGUUCUCGAACUGUGAAUGUGGUGUACUUCUUUCUUGGAACUGAAAACAAAUACAAUCGUCUUAUAGGCGCAGU